AUGCACAGCCGCUUCAAUGGCCAAGGCGCCAACCUCACCAACAGAUCCUCUCCAGCAUCCACACCUGCCUCGGCAUCGGUACCAGCAUCAACAUCAGCAUCCGCAUCAGCAUCCCAAUCCUCUUUCUUCUCCGCAAGAGCACUACGGCUGCAGACCGAAGAGCAAGACCUCGCAUCUCAGCCUUCCCUCCGCACAGCCAGCAUCGCAAAUGACGCGGAUCCCAUCAUUCAGCCUCUCGACGCUUCCCGCUCCAAUCGUGGCAGGGCUCGCGCCGGCACCCUCCCCUCGAGCUGGAACGACGCAACUCUUAUCGUUCCGCAUUCAUCUCCAAUAGAUUCUCGACCGCUGUUCUCACAGCUCCCGCACGGAUCUGACCCCAACUCGAAGAAUGAGACUCCGCGCGACUUCACGGGGUACGGCUUAGCUUCGCACGUCUCGAACCUCAAUGACGCCGCGUCGUCCUCGUCGCAGCGUCUCCGGUCCGGAUCUCUCACCCUGCCAACAGCUAACCUUGGCGACGCUUUCGGUCCGUCCUUUUUCUCCUCCAAAUGGCAACCAACUCGUUCAGGCUUGAGCAACAUGACAUCCGCCACCCCCGAGGAAGACUCGAAUUCUCCGUCUCACGCCAACGACGCUGCAGGUCCUCGCUUCUCCUUCGGUGGCUCCGAUACGCUCGAGUUUCUCGGUUUGAGCGGCGCCGACCGUCGUGAAUCGAUCGAUCACCUCUCUUCCAGUUCACAUGCUUUCCAUGCGAUGGGCCAAGCUUCCACCACCCACUAUGGCUUCGCAGACACAGACACCGACCUGGCGUCCGUCCAUCUGCGUAAUCGCUCUUCCACGCUCGGCGUCCAGCAGCUGCGCCCCAGACUCAACAAUGCCGAUGGUCGUGCGCGCAGCAGCAGCUUUCUUCCCUCCUUUGCAUUCAGCGCGGCUCCAUCCUCCAGCGAGUCUGCCCCGCAGUCGGGCAGCAACUCGCUCGGCGGCACCCAUUCUGGCCACGUGUCUGGCUCCCAGAGUCCGUAUGCGGGAAAUGCGCCUCAAGCAUCACUCCUCAAUACUGCGCUUCACAACCGUCUCCACCAGUACAGCGGCACCCCAUCGCCGCAAGGAUCUGGCUUCAGCGAACGCGCCACCGCAAAUGCAUCUAGACCAAGAGCGACCAGCAUGGGUGUGCUCGAUCAUCCCCAUUCUCGUGCUCCCAUCAUGGACCAGUAUCGCGCGCCGCCCUCCGUCAACUUGCCUGCUGCACAGUCUAGUUUCGAUGCGAGUCCCACCUCCCCUGGUCUCGUCGGCCAUCCCUACUUGCACUCCUCCAAUUCGACCGGCCUGUCGCCCCAUCAGGAACCGCUAAGUGACCUAUCCGCCCUUUUGGCAAGUGGACGCAAUCGUGCUGGCACCAUAGCAGCCUUUUCGGGCCCAGGCGGUCGUGCGAGAGCUGAACAGGAACUUCUGCGAAUGACGCAGAUGCAACACGAAGCAUCGCUGGCACGAGACGUCCAACUUCGCCCGAGCUCCUCAGCUGCCAACGAAGCCUCCUUCAACAUUGACAUGCACGCAUCGUCUCGACCGCAGCAGCAAAGAACCGCUCAAAGAUCUGGCGCUAGCUCUCCGUACGCGCAGCCAACACGGACCUUGUGGGUCGGCCAUCUGCGACAAACGGUGACUACUACAGACCUCAUGCACACCUUCGCGACUUACGGCGCCGUCGAGACGAUCCGACUCGUGGCCGACAAAUGCUGCGCUUUCAUCAACUAUCUCGACGUGACGGACGCCAUGCGCGCAAGGGAAGAUUUUCUUGGACGUCUCAACGGUCGUCUCGGCUUGGGCACCAUUGGACCAGAGGGUCAAGUGCGCGUCGGCUUCGGGAACCCCGAGUCGAUACCCAACGCAGGCAUGGGAGUCCUUGCGCCGAUAACGGCCAACGGAGGAGCUUCAUUCGACGGGACAGAUGGUGAAGCGUUGGGAGGUGAAACUGGCAAUCAAGAGCCGUCGCGGGCAUUGUGGAUUGGAUCCAUACCUGCCACCAUCUCGAUCGAGACAUUAGUGUCGAUCUUUGCGCCCUUCGGCUCCAUCGAGAACGUUCGCGUGUUGGCGAGCAAGAGCUGCGCGUUCAUCAAUUACGAGCGCAUCGACGACGCUGUGGCAGCACGCAAAUCGCUCAACGGUCGCGACAUUCUCGGUACCGAGGUCGGUCCCGUCAGGAUCGGAUUCGCAAAGGUGCCCGGUAGGGGCCCGGAAAGCUACUUUGGCGCUCUCGAUCCCGGUACAGUCGAGUUCCAAGCAGCCAUCGACGCGCUCGCUGCUCUCGCAGGGGCCGCUCCUGGCAACUACACGGACGGGCAUGCCAGCCACGCAUUCGAGGGACCGCGCUAUGGCCCCUCUCAGCAUCUGCUGCCCAAUGCGCCGGCAUCGCAUGGUCUGGCUCGCUAUCCCAGUGCCGACGCUGCUCGGCCAGUGCCUUCCAACGUAGCUGGUCGAUCCUCUGGGUUCCCCCAACACAGCUCAUCCAACAGCAUCGUGCCCAGUAGCGACAAGGGCGGUGUCCCCCUGCCCGCCGAGAUGAAGCCGAACGCCACUGUCAACGAUCUGCAGAUGCUGAUGAGGGAGCUUGACGAAGCUGAUCCCAGUGUGGAUGCAGAUGUCGCCCGGAUCGCUCGACACAGACCGCCGGUCGCGUACUUUGCACGCAUCCCGCCGGUACCCGAGCUGCCCCCGAGCAGACGCUUCGACAACAACAGACUCAAAGAAGUGCGCAAACGUCUUGAGACGCCCAAUUGCCUUCGAUCCGAUGCGGAUGCAGUUGCACGUGACUAUCUGCAUUGCGUCGUCGACCUUUCCUCCGACUUUAUCGGCAACACGCUCGUGCAGAAGUUCUUUGAACGGUGCAGCGAGCCGAUGAAAAAGACGAUGCUGGAGCUCAUUGCGCCGCAUUUGGCCAUGAUCGGCGUCCACAAAAAUGGCACGUGGGCUGCUCAGAAGAUCAUCGACUGCACCCACGCCGACGACCAACGCGCCAUUAUCGCGCAGCACAUCCGACCUUACGUGCCGCCUUUGCUUUUGGAUCAAUUUGGUAACUACGUGGUGCAGAGGCUCAUCCCUUUUGGCAGUCCGCACAACGAUUUCAUCUUUGAGGCGAUGGUGGAUAGGUGUUGGGAAGUUGCGCAGGGUCGAUUCGGGGCUCGCAGCAUGCGGGCGUGUUUGGAGUCGCCUCGAGUGCCCAAAUACCAUAUCAAGGAGGUGGCAUUGGCGAUCGUACUCAACUCGGUCCCCUUGGCGACGAGUCAGAACGGCGCAUUGUUGAUCGCUUGGCUGCUAGACGCUUCGACCUUGCCAGGCAGAUUCCGGCUGCUAGCUCCUCGGUUCGCACCUCAUCUGGCCAACCUGUGUACGCAUAAGCUCGCCUCGCAGACGCUUCUCCGCAUCGUCAGUCAGAAGGAAGACCCAGAGGCGGCAAGGCAGUUGCUCCGGGUGCUCUUUGGAGGCGAGAGGUUGCAGUUGCUGGAAGAGAUUCUUGUCGACCAGGUGCACGGAAGUCAGUUCAUCACCAAGCUGUUUGCAGAAGCGGCUGCCUUGGAGGGGGCGGAGAGGCAGAGAUGCAGCGAUGAGGUCAAAGCAUUGCUGAUCAAGCACAAUCUCAUCCACAUGCCGCCGUACCGACCGCUGGCUGUCGAGAUGGGACUGCUUCCCGCCAUGACGCCCACCAGCAGCAGGAACGGCGCUGCUUAUGGCCAAGCGAAUAUGCACACGAACAACGGCGGCUACGAUUCGACCGCUAUCGAACGACAGAUGGCGACGUUGAAUGUCGGUGCGUCUGCGUCGAACCUCACGAGAGGGCAGCCAGGGUCGGAGUUUGACUGGACACAACCAACAGCAGAAGUUACGCAGGAGACGGCGUACGACGCAUACAACCCUCUAAACCAGCACCACUACCAGACGCAACAUCAUGCGCAACCUCAGCAUCGACAGCCACCUCAGCAACAGCACAGAUCUACCCACGGUACAAGAGCCUACUUUUGA